ACAUAAGCAAUUUUGGUUGGUUUUGAUAACCUUGCUGACUAUAUCCUACAGGUUUUUUUUGAUUGCAUAAAUGUGAUGGAACUUCCAUACAAAAUCUGAUCUUGAGUUAAUUUGAGAGCAUUGUUUUUAGGGGUCAAAUAACCAAUCUUCAUCAUUCAAAAAUUGAAAUUCAGCUAUAAAGCUGCAAGUUUUUUCAGAAAAGUUUCUUCAGCGCCUAAGUAGCAUCAUUAAGAAACAGUUAAAAAAGAUUGUUACUUCAUACACAAUGUGUUCAAGUAUAACCGACUUGCAACAUCAUCUCCAUCUAAAUGUCGACUGACAGUAAAGGUCGAGUUCUAGGUGAUAACAGAGAGAAAACUUCAAAGAUGAGCAUUGAAAGAGCUCCAGGAUACUCUGCCUCACUGAAUAAGAUAUAUUCCCGUAAAAUGAUUCUUCAGAAACCCCCUCGUAAGAAGAUGUCUGCAAUUCAUUCUCACAAUGAUACAUAUAGCAUUAUCCAACCCAUGGGCGAGGGAGUAUAUGGGGAGGUGGCCUGCUGUCGCAAAAGAAGCACUGGUCAGUUUGUUGCUAUUAAGACUGUAAAAUAUGAUAGCUGCAGUGCGACAGAAGUCAGAAUGUUGAAAAUCUUGCAAGAUGUGGAUGCAGACAAGUUUCAUAUUGUAAAACUUCUUGAAUAUUUCCAUAGAAAUGCAAAGUCUUACCUUGUAUUUGAACUAUUGGAGCAGAACUUGCAGGACUUCCAGAAGUCUAACAACUUUGCCCCUCUCCCUGUUAAGCAUGUUCGAACCAUUGCCUUACAGCUGCUGAAGGCUUUGGAAAAGCUUAAGGAUAUGUCUAUUAUCCACACAGACAUCAAGCCAGACAAUAUCAUGUUAGUAGAACACAUGCGAUUUCCUUUCAGAGUUAAACUGAUAGAUUUUGGCUCAGCCAGUAUACUACCGGAGGUUCAGCAUAUUCAAGACCCAUAUAUCCAGGCCAGAUAUUACAGAUCACCUGAGAUCCUCUUGGGAUUGCCUUUCUGUGAAAAGCUGGAUAUGUGGUCCCUCGGUUGCGUUCUAGCUGAACUUCGACUUGGUAGCCCUUUAUAUCCGGGUAAGAAUCAAUAUGAUCAGGUCAGAAUCAUUGUUGAAACCCAAGGUCAACCCCACGACCAACUGCUCAACGAAGCAAGUAAGACUCACCAUUUCUUCAAAAGAAAUUCCUCUCCUUCUUCAGCCCGCCAGUGGCAACUUAAGUCAUUGUCUGAGUAUCAGUCAAAGAUGUUUGCACAACCUUUGGAGCCAAGGAGACAUACUUUAAAGUCACUAGAUGAUCUUGAAACAUGCAGCAUCAUCAAAACAUUGUCCCCAAAUGGUGAUGAUAUUGCUGAGUUCCAUGAUCGCAACAGUAUGGUAGGUCUUGUGAAGAGAAUGUUGAACUUUGAUUCCAAGUAUCGCAUUUCUCCAAGACUUGCAUUACAGCAUCCAUUCAUCACCAUGGAGGAACUGGAGAAAAAUUAUAAACAUACAAAGUAUUAUGAGUUGUCCGUUCAAAGCGUCAAUGCUGCUCGGAAUUACGUUAGAACUGAAAAUAACAAAAAUAAUUCUCACCAGCUACAGGAGUGUCAUGGUAGAAAUACUGCGUACCGCAAGAGCACACAGGACCAAUCUAAUCACAGUUACUCCUUUGGACAAAUAGCCAUUGUUAAAAGGGACAGUGUCACUCUUGGAGAGUCAAGAAGAAUGCACAGACAUAUGAUGCCACCUGGGGGAGCAAGCCAUCUAGUCCAUGAACACUUCACUCCAUGCGCAGGGGAUGCCCAACAGCCUCCUUAUCCAUAUCAAGAAACUUGUCAUCAGAUCUCUUGGUCCGUACAUAGGCACGUUACAGAAUCAACACCAGGAAAUGCUACUAACCCACCUCUGUCAGAUCAUUCAUUUAACAAUGUGAUUCGACUUGAUCUGAAGCCUGGUAAGGAUAGAAACAGCAAUAAGCAUUCGAUAGUCUUUACAUCAAUGAAAGAAGAUCAAGAGAAUGGGGACAACAAACCUGAAAAUUACCCAAGAUCUUCUGUAGCAGAGGAAAAGCAAAAUAAAGAAGCUCAAAUAAAAGAGACAUCAGCAGUACACCUGAAAAAUUCUUUUGCAAAAGAAAAUAAUUCUGCACUGGCCACAUCCUACACACAUUCCAAGUGUAGUGGCAUGAAGGCCCCGAAAUGGGGGGAUGCUACAGAGGUGGGAUUCACAAAUUCAGUUCAGAGGUACAGCACUUGUACUGGGACCAAACAGCACCUAGAGCCUGGGGUACAUCUAUACAAACAGCAGAAUUUUAUUUCAACGGGACCAUGUAUGUCACGCCCAAGACAUAUCGAAAAUAAACCAAGCCUCAUUGUGUCUGAGCAGGAACAGCUUAAUAAUGACCAAGCUGAAGAAAAUGUAAAGAGUGGAACUAGGCGGAUCAGAGUUAUAUCAAGACAUAUAUCGAGGAGUGAAAUUAUCAGUUGCAUAGCAAGAAAACAAUUGCUCUCAGAGGAUUGUGGAGAGAAUGAAAGCAAAAAUGUGCACUUGGAAAACACUCAUCCAAAACAAAUUGCCAAGAGGCACAAUCUGGGUUCAGAAACAGAAAUUAAUUCUUCACCAAUGGAGAUCAAUGAAGCUGAAGAUUUGGAGAGAGAGAAAAUUCUAGAUAAGAACACUUGUGGGAUUUUCAAGUUGGCAAAGUUCUGGAACAAUAGAAAGAAAAUCCAAAAGGAAAAGAAAAACAAACCCUGGAGGAAGGCAAAAUCAAUAGUCCACUUCUCAUCCUUCCCCUUCAAGAAGCGAUAUUCAUGGAUUCAACUAGCUGGUCAUUCAGGGAGCUUCAAACCUGGUGAUGGUGGGAGGAUCCUGAAGAAGUACUGUGAGAAUGAGAAGAUGUGCUUUGAACAACUGAAAACAGAUUCGCUAGCUCCUUUUGUACCCCAUUACUACGGCAUUACCCAUGAAGAAGGAGAGUGGUAUAUUCAGCUGGAUGACUUGUUGGCUGAGUUUGACAGCCCCUGUGUCAUGGACUGUAAAAUGGGAACAAGGACGUAUCUGGAAGAAGAGCUGAUGAAAGCCCGUGAGAAUCCAAAAUUACGGAAUGAUAUGUACAAGAAAAUGGUGGAGAUUGACCCCCAAGCACCGACGCCACACGAACACACGAUCCAAGCUGUCCUGAAGCCACGAUACAUGCAGUGGAGGGAAACCCUCAGCUCUACAGCAACCCUCGGAUUUCGAAUUGAAGGUGUUAAGAGAGCGGAUGGGAAAGGCAGCACCAACUUCAAAAGGACCAAAACAAAGGAACAGAUUCUCCAGGUCUUCAUCGACUUUGUCAGUGGGAACAAGAAAAUUGUGCAAGCCUACCUGAUGAGACUAAAGGAGAUCCGAAAAGCUCUGGAGUCAUCUGAGUUCUUCAAAAGGCAUGAGGUUAUCGGGAGCUCCUUGCUGUUUAUCCACGACAAGAACGAAGUGGCAAAGGUAUGGCUGAUUGACUUUGGGAAGACCACCAAGCUGCCAAACGGAAAGACUCUUAAUCACCGCCUGUCCUGGGAGGAGGGCAACAGGGAAGAUGGCUACCUCCUUGGGCUUGACAACAUGAUUGCCAUUGCAUCUAACAUCUUGUGAUGCUGGGCCAUGCUCCUCCUUUACCCUGUAUUUCCCAUUGGGCAGUAGGAGUGUUGUAUGGGGCCUGUCUCCCUCGACCUGGAUGCACGCUGCUGUUCAAAGCAGUGAGGAAAUCGACAAAGAAAGAGAGACUACGUUACGGCGAUGAAGUUGAGGUUCCCCCACUGCCAGUGAGCUUUCUCUUGGGUGACUUUGUGUUUUUAGUUGGACCCAGACUGUGAACGGGACGCACAGAGGUAUCAGAGCAGUGCAGGUCACACUCUUAUCUAGUGGGAGAUAUGGUUGCUGUCACUGCGGACCUGUUACGAUUGGUUACUUUAGGAUUUGCCUUGAAAUAAUAUUUGAAAAACAAUUGCAAUUAGAUUCUGCUAAUGGAUGAUAUUAAUGCAAAGCAAGAAAAUUCAUGGUGCUCUCCUGAAAGCUAAGAUGAUUUUCACCUCCAGGCUGCUCCUUCACACCUCUCAAUGACCAGGUCUGAAGCAGAAGUGACCAAAACAGGAAAGAGAAGUCAGGGAACUGCAGACCCAUUAGCUUCACAUCAGUAAUCAUAAAAUACUAGAAUCUAUUAUAAAGGAAGUGAGUACUGAACAUUCGAAAAUACUUGUUUGAUCAGGCUGACACAGUAUGGGUUUAUGAUGAGUGCAAAUCAUGUUUGACAAGGCUGAUGGCUUUUUGAGGGCGUUAUGAGCAGAGCCGAUUAAGGGAGAGCCAAUAAACGUGUGGUAUUUGGAUUUUCGGUAUUUGUAAACAAUGACAAUGUAAGGGAUUGGGGGAAAAAGUAACACAGAGGAUUGGCUUCCAGACAGAAAGCAGAGACUAGGAAUAAAUGGUUCAUUCUCAGACUAUGACAAGUGGGGACCGCAAGGGUCAGUGCUUGAACUCCAAACGUUCACAAUCUAUAUCAAUGAUUUGGAUGUGGAGUCAGUUAUAAUACGGCAAAUUCUCUGUCAUCGAGAUCCCAAGCAUCCAGAAAUGGGGACUUUUACUGGCAUUAGCAACAAGAAGGGAUUAAUAGUUCAAGACUGACCUUAUCAAUUAAGACAGAAAUCACCUAUCACGGCCACGUAUUCUGGGAUUUAUGAGUGACCCUCGCGGCUCGUUUUUCAAAAUGCACCUGCAUCUUGUGUCAGCGACAAGUCAAAUUCUCCCAGCAGCCACUCGUAUUUCUCAUGGCCAGCAGAUUCAGCUAACCAGCGCGCUCCAUUUCCUUGUGUGGGCUGGAUACCGGGGUGGUUACUGUGUUGGUCAAGUGCAGCUGACACAAAACCUGAGCGCUGUGAGGAUUUGGAAAGGCUGAAUAUGACAGGCAAAAGCAUAGAAGAAGGAAUAUGAUGUAGCUAAGUGUGAGGGUAUUCACUUGGUCGAAAGAAUGAAGGGGCAGAGUACUUCAUAAAUAGAGUGUGGUUGCGAAAUGGUGAUGUCUAAAGAGACCAAGGUGUCCCUGCACAUAGAUUACUGAAAGUCAGCAUGUAGGUACAGUGCAGUUCAGAAGGCAAACAGUCCUAAUUGCAAGAGGAUUUAUGAACAGGAUAAAGCUGUUUGCUUCAAUUGUGUAAAAUACAGCUGACACUGCAUUUGGAAUAAUGUUUAGAGUUCUAGUCACCUUGCCUCAGGAAGGAUGUAGAGGAACACAGCAGGCCAGGCAGCAUCAGAGGAACAGGAAAGUUGAUGUUUUGGGCCGGGACCUUUUUCUGAUGAAGGGACCUGACCUAAAUCAUCAGCUUUUAUUGCUCUUCUCACACUGCCUGGCCUGCUGAGUUCCUCCAGCUCCACACUGAGUUAUCUCUGACUUCAGCAUCUGCAGUUCUUGCUAUCUCUAAGGAAGGAUGUACUUUGAUUCAUCUCACACACGUCACUGUACAAUUGACAUACUCCACACCCCUCACUGAAACACCAAUAUACCCUGCACUCCUCACACUAACACCAGUAUACCCCACACCCCUCACUGCAACGCUGAUAGACCCUGCACUCCUCACAGAAACACCAGGGUACCCCACAUCCCUCCCUGUAACACCUAUAUACCUCACACCUCUCACUGUAACAUUGGUGUACUCCACACCCUUCUCUGAUAUUCCCCAUAAUCUGUCUGCAGUACACUCCAUAGUAUCAAGCAGCCCUCCUCCUGCACAUUCUGACAUUACUAACAGUCUGAGCUAGAGCAUUGCUGCUAUCAGAUGCAAUUCCAUUACAUAAUGCACAUUUCCUGUUGAUUAUCUACAUAAAAUCAGUGGCUACACAUUUGAUUCAUUGUUUUAGGAUGUUCUCAUGUUACAGACAUUUGACAAUCUAAGGUAUUACUUUACUUUCACUUCCUUGAGAGACUUUUCAAUGCCGAGUGAUACUUCUGCCUUGAUGUCCCAAUGAUUUUCUGAGCUCACUACCUGAACAGGGGGUUAUUUCUGAAUCAAGCAGUCUACUUGGAUAGUGCUUUAUUUACAUCCCACACACCAAGUAUGGAAGACAGCUGGGCAUGGUUCAUGAGGCCUGGGUAGAUAGGUGUCAUUUGUGUCACAUAACAUACAUGAACUCCAUUUUUUCCUUCUCUUGUUGGUCUUCACUGACAGAUGUGGGUUAUUGAUGAGUUAUUUGUGUCAUUCUAGGAAACCUCUUCAGUGCAUCACGUCUCGCAUUUGCUGAGUAAAAGAUAGAAAUAGCUGUUGGUGUCAAUUCAGCCCCCUUGAGCAAAUCCACGAUCCAGCUGUCUCACAAAUUAUCUGUACCAUAGCCCCUGUCCCUUCCUAUCCUCUACUCCCCUGAUUACCCUGAUCUAACAACAAUCUAUUAAUCUCAGUCUUGGAAAUUUCAGAUAACCCACCACAUUUUCAGGGAGACAGUUGCAAACUCUGCAUUUUAGCACAUUUUGCCUUUUGUACAGAGCUUGUCCUCUAUCAGCCCCCCUCCUCUUCCUCCACCUCCAUCAAAUGAAUUAGCAACGAACAUUUUCCAACACCUUUCAGUUCUGAAGAAAAGUUGUGCUGGAUUCGAAGUGUUAAUUCUAUUUUUCCUCUCUCCAGAUGUUGGUAGACCUGCCAAGUUUCUCCAGCAGUUGUUGUGUUUGUUAGAGCCACAAAUUUCCCCUUUUUUUGAGGAAAUAGGCUUCCUGUUUUCAUUUUUAAAUAACCUGGCUCUCAUUUUAGCAUCGUUGUCCCUGUGUUCUGGAUUCCCUCAACAGAAGAAAUUGCUAAACUUUACGUACCCUGAUGAAUCCCUUGAUCAUUUUAGAUGGUUUGAUCAGCUCAUCCCUCACCAGUCCGAACCAAACAGGAUGGAAGCUGACGUCCCCUCACACUUUAACCCUUUAAACCCAAGGUAUCGUCGUUUCCCGGGCCAGUUGACCCUUCCUGGGAUCCAGUGUCUGGAAAUCAAUGCGUAGGAACCUGUCUGCCAGCUUCUCCCUGAAAUGCCAGAAAGCUUGUCAUUACCCUAGCAUGCUUACUGCUCUCCUCUGCCAUUCUCAUGAUUUUUUUGUUCACACAGAGGGUGGUGAGUGUCUAGAACGGGUCGCCAGAUCUAAUGGUGGAAGCGAGUACAAUUCCGUCAUUUAAGAAACAUUUAGAAGGUACAUGGAUGGAUAUGGACUAAAUGCAGGCAAAUGAGACGAGGUUAAUUGUGAAAACUGGGUGGCACGGACAAGUCGGGCUGAGGGGCCUCUUUCCAUGCUGUACAACUCUAUGAAUCUAUGUUAGAUUGGCCUAUUCCUGAGAGACUUAUUCCCCUUUAACACACAGGCUGAUCUAAUUAUCCUGCGAAGGCACCACUUUGACGACUUACCAGAGUGAGGUCUUACUGAAUGGACUCUGAGCUAGUGUGGCAAUCCAUCCUGAGCUACCUUUCUAUGAAGGUUAAAUUCAGAAUUAGUUGACAGGCAUAUAGUAUCAAGCUGAAGAGUGGAAGCAGCUCUGGGAAUUGACAUGUUGUCAAGUUGGGGGGAAUGAAGAUCUCUUUCCUGACCCACAGUGUUUUCUUUACUCAGAAGGUCACCUGUGAUUUGGCUGAAGAUGGCGGUCAGUGGGCUUAGCCAAUGCCUGUUCAUAGAAUCCUACAGCGUAUUUCAGGCUAUUCAGCCCAUAUGCAUGUGCCAGUUCUUUGAAGGAGAUUAGUCCCAAUCCUUUGCAGUUUUCUCAUGGUGUUCCAAUUUAUUUUCUUUUUCAACUGCUUACCCAAUUCCAUUUUAAAAGUUGCCCCUGAAUCUGCUUUCCAACACCCUCUCAGACGAUACAAUCUGGAUCACACUAGAACAAUUUCUCCACACUUCUCCCUCUGAUUCCUGAAUCUGAGGCCUCUUGUUACCAACCCUUGUGUCACUGGAAACUUUCUCCACAUCCACAGUUUCAAGCAGCUCACUCCUUUCCUGUAUUGCAUUCAAAAUGGCCACCAUGAUUGGCAAUCUCUCAAGUGAUUGAUUGUUCACAUCCACAAUAAGGGGAUCCAUAGCCUGUGUUCUUGUCAGAUCCUAAAUCUUGGUUUUAAUACUUGCUUUUCAGGGCAAACGUCACUGGAAUUUAUAGUCCAGUCCCGAUUGUCCCAGCUAACAGCUUUGUGAGACUGCUCUUAGCUACUUAACCAAUUUGGUAUGAUAGGAUUUACAUUUCUAUAGCACUUUUAACCUCCAUAUGUUCCCAAGCACUUUGCAGCCAGUGAAGUGGUUUUGAAGAGUAAUGCUGUGAAAGCUGUCAUAUAGGAAGCUGAGCCAUUCUUCUUGUUAAUGAAAUGUUUGGGAUUUUGCAACAAUCCAACAGUUUUCUGGUGACUGACAUUUUUUAAAAAUUGAACUCAUGUUCUCAAACUGUCAUGGCUGGAUUUAUGCUCAUGUUAGCAGUCCAGGGAAUCACUGCAACACCAUCAGUGUUGCUGCACAUCAAGGGGGAAACAUUCAUAGAGAAUUAGGGAUUAGUGACUCAAUAGAGAAACUUUCACUGGGAAAGAGCAAAACCUUGGAGAAAAAAAAAUUAAGACAUAGAUAGAAAUAAAGUGGAAUAAGCAAGAAAAAUUGAAAGCUGAAAGGAAACUAUUUUAUAUAACCCUUGUGUACUGUGCCCGGAGUGUUUUUGGUCAUUUUCUUCUCACUCCUGUUUUAGUCCCAUGAUCUUUGAUCCAUUUUCUCUCUCGUGUGAGGUAAGAAUUUGAUGAACUUAAACAAGUUUUUAGGAGAAAAUGCACCCUGACAGUGUCAAAGGAGUUAAUCAGAAAUGCACAGACCCACCCUUUGUGAGGAACGAAUUCAGGGGUGUGUCUCUCAAUGUAGAAAUGAGUCUGGAAAGUCAGUUCCCAGUCCUGCGUAGAUCUUUCCAAGAAUGGUUUGGGGAGCCACAGCUAUAGUAUUGUUUUAGUCGGACCAUAGUUCUUCAGCUCCGUUAGAAGUCUUCUCACUAUUCCAAUCCUGCAUGCAAUCGCACUUCUGCAUGUUGUAAGGUGAUAAAGGAUUCAAAGUCAAUGUGAGCUUUGCUGGAAACCAAAAAUGAUCCUGGAAUCUUGCAGUACAGAGACAUGAUCGUGUAUUUUGGAGUGUAUGUCUCAAGUGGGAAUGUAAAGUAUCCUGAGGAAUCCCUACUAUACAUGACUGAACACUACUGAUAAUUAUUAGCGUUUUUUUUUAAUGAUUGAGUUCAGGGUAU